UUCUAGUAACUUCCCCGAUCCAUGACGUCAUCAAUAGGCGCCACUAUUGAGCCGGGCUGUUUCCGUUGAACUCUCCGAGAGUGGGAGACCUUUAUAGUGGUGGGGUGCGCGCGCGCGCUAGGCGGUGAGGAGAGAGGAGAGGGUCGACCUUACCCAGCAUUCGCUGCGCGGCUUGGCUAACGAGCACAGGAGGCCGGCCCGCCGUUCGUCCACCCGCCCCGCGCGCGCCAUGUCUGAGAGCGGCGAGAACCCUCCUGGGCCGCAGAGCCCCACUGAUCCCCCCGUCCCGGCCGCGUCUGCCUCAGCAUCGGAGCCGCGGAUCAUUAAAGUCACCGUGAAAACCCCGAAAGAGAAGGAGGAGUUCGCGGUGCCAGAAACAAGCAGCAUCCGGCAGUUUAAGGAAGAAAUCUCCAAGCGCUUCAAGGCUCACUCUGACCAACUUGUGUUGAUAUUUGCUGGAAAAAUCUUAAAAGAUCAAGAUACGUUGACCCAACAUGGAAUUCAUGAUGGACUUACUGUUCACCUUGUCAUUAAGACACAAAACAGAUCACAUGAUAAUUCAGCUCAACAAACAAGUACUUCAGGGAGUACUACUACUACCACCACAACAGCAUCAACCAAUAGUACCUCUACAAAUCCAACAAAUACCACACCAUUUGGUUUGGGUGGUCUUGGAGGACUUGCAAGUCUGAGUAGCCUAGGUCUUAGUACCUCAAACUUUUCAGAAUUACAAAGUCAAAUGCAGCGACAGCUCAUGUCCAAUCCAGAAAUGAUGGUUCAGAUUAUGGAGAAUCCCUUCGUUCAAAGCAUGCUUUCAAAUCCAGACCUAAUGCGACAAUUAAUUAUGGCCAACCCUCAAAUGCAGCAACUGAUACAGAGAAAUCCAGAAAUCAGUCAUAUGCUCAAUAACCCUGAUAUUAUGCGACAGACUUUGGAACUUGCUAGAAAUCCUGCAAUGAUGCAAGAAAUGAUGAGAAAUCAGGAUCGUGCCUUGAGUAAUCUUGAAAGUAUACCUGGUGGCUAUAAUGCUUUGAGACGAAUGUACACAGAUAUACAGGAGCCAAUGCUGAAUGCCGCACAGGAGCAGUUUGGGGGCAAUCCGUUUGCUUCAUUAGUAAGCAAUUCAUCAGGUGGAGACAGCCAGCCUUCUCGCACAGAAAACCGAGACCCUUUACCAAAUCCUUGGGCUCCUCAAAGUACCACACAGAGCUCCCCAAACAGCAGCAGUAGCAACAGUGGAGAUACUGUAGGAGGCAGUAGUGUUGGAAGCAGCAGCACUGGACAAAGCACAGGACAAAGCACAGGACAAAGCUCAGCAAUGCCAAAUUUGGGUCCUGGGCUAGGAGCUGGUAUGUUCAACACACCUGGCAUGCAGAGCUUGUUGCAGCAAAUUACAGAAAACCCACAGUUGAUGCAGAACAUGUUGUCUGCGCCUUACAUGAGAAGCAUGAUGCAGUCACUGAGCCAGAAUCCCGAUCUUGCAGCCCAAAUGAUGCUGAACAACCCUUUGUUUGCUGGAAAUCCACAGCUUCAGGAACAAAUGAGACAACAAAUUCCAACUUUCCUUCAACAAAUGCAGAACCCUGAUACUUUAUCUGCAAUGUCAAAUCCUAGAGCAAUGCAGGCUUUGCUACAGAUUCAGCAAGGUUUACAAACUCUAGCAACAGAAGCUCCAGGCCUUAUACCUGGAUUUAAUACUGGUAUAGCUGGACUAGGAAAUUCUGGUUUAGGAAGUGCUGGAUUAGGGAAUACUGCUAUUCCUACCGGAACAACAGUGCCCACUUCAGUUGCAAAUGAAAAUACAAACCCAGCUUCAGGAACAAGUGAAACUGGACACCAGCAGUUUGUUCAGCAGAUGUUACAGGCCCUUGCUGGAGCAAAUGCUCAGCAACUACAAAAUCCUGAAGUCAGGUUUCAGCAGCAACUGGAGCAGCUCAGCGCAAUGGGCUUCUUGAACCGUGAAGCCAAUUUACAAGCUCUAAUAGCAACAGGAGGUGACAUCAAUGCAGCCAUUGAAAGGCUACUGGGUUCCCAGCCAUCAUAGCAACGUUUCUGAAACUUGACAAAUGUAAUUUAUUUUUGAUAACAGCUCUUAAAUCUUUAAAAUUACCAGCUUUAUUUCAUUCUGACUCUUGGGAAUUGUCUUGUUCUAACUAAUCCCAGUCUGAUGCAUUUAAGGUGGAGUGCAGUAGUUUUCUUCGAACAGUGGGAAUCAAUGCUUUUCACUUGGUUGUUGCAUGCAUCAAACACUUCUUCAUUUUGCAUUUAUUGUGAUUUUUUUAAAAAAUGGAAAUCCGUUUCCACAGUUGAGUGACCAGGUUUUAUCUGACCUUCAACUGUCCAAUUUAGUUGCUUCUUUAAACAUUAGCCUUUGAUAGUAAUUUAUGUAGAAUAAAAAUUAAAGAGGAAACUAAUUGAAGCUAUGAUUUGUGGGUACAUAUUGCUUAUUGUGACUUGGCAUGUCUCUCUUACUAGCAAAAUGCUGCAAGAUUUAUACCACUUGAUUUAGCUAUUCUUGCUCUUUUAUCUCUAAAAAGUAUAUACAUUUGGAAAAAGAGUUUUUUUCCAAGCAGAUUUUUUUCAUUGCAAUAAUAUAAAAUAUCUCAGAGCCCAGAAUAAAUGAAAUGUGCAAGACAUCUCCAAUGUAAUAGAAUCUUACAGCAUCUUUAGCGAGCAUCUCUUGAUAAAAGUGCUUGGCAGAGUCUUUUAAAAUACUGAGAUUGCUGAUCUGAUCUUGAUAAAUGUACAGAAUUAUAUUGUAACAUUGUCUCAAUAUUCACAAGGAUUGAUUGUUAUUACCUUCAUCUUUGUGCAGAUUGGAGGAGCACAUUUGAUCUGAGACUGCUUUUGGCUAAAGCUUCUCAACUUUAUCCCCUUGAGAUUCUAACUUGCAUUAUGAUUUGUAAUUGAUGCAUAUUUUCACUGACCCUGUCAUGUGAUACUCUUAAUUACUUUUAACCACCAUGUAAAAAUACUGUAUAUCUUUUGGGUUUUUAUUGGUAGUUAUUUCUCUUGUGCACAGGUAAUAAAUAAAUUAAACUUCUUUGUGAGCAACAAUUUAAAGUCAUUUUAUCCUGAUAAAGAAAUUCAGAAUACAGUAUUAAAGCUGAGA